CCUUUGUGUAUAGACGGUUCAUGGAAUGUAAAGGAGAACCUCGGAUACUACGCAUGGAAGAUGUUCGUCGAGCUUUUCCCCAAUAUUCCAGUUGUACUGUCCGAAGGCCAGUAAGAGACUGCGCCAAGUUUCUGCGGGAUGCACAAAGUAAAUACUGCUGCUCGGCUAACCCCACUGACUUCUGCAACUUAUUACAAUGUAGGCGCAGAUGAAC